AUGGCAUCGGCAGGAACAUCAGCCUCUUCAGUCAACUCAACCACUCCAAUGACAAACGAAACAAGACGACCUGUUCAACGAAAGAAAAAGGCUGCAAGAGCUUGCAUACACUGCCAAAAGGCACACCUGACAUGCGAUGAUUCACGUCCAUGCCAACGAUGUAUUAAACGUGAUCUAGCAUCCACAUGUACCGAUGGUGCAAGGAAAAAGGCAAAAUACUUGCAAGAUGUACAAGACCCAUUGAUCAAUAACAAUGAACAACAACAAUUCACACCGCUCGCGCAUACCCCUGGUGCAUUAAGUGAAGUAUCAGCUGACAGUAGCAUGACAACCACCAUGGAUACCACCAGUUCCUUUGUAAGCGAUGCCAUUGGCAACGGCGUUACUACGGCAAGUGGUUCCGCGGGAGGCGGAUUUGAUUUUGACAACAACAGCAGCAACUAUGGAUUUGGUUCCUCGGCUACCAACUUGGAAUAUUCGUUUCUUUCUAAUAUGCUUGGAACAUCUUUUCUCGAUUCUACAACACCGGAUCUACCAUUAUGGGCUACUUCGACACAACAGCAAUCACCAACAACAUCCGUCAACACCACACCAAGUAGUAGUAGUCAACAACAGCAACAGUCGAUGGAUCCAAUGAUGAAUCCUUUUGGUGACACCAUGCUAUUUGACCACCACCAACAGCCUUCUCCGACUAUUACAUCAACCAAGACCACCACCUCCUCCUCAACCGCUUCAACUCCUACAACAACACCACAUCUCCAUCCUCAUCAUCAUCAUCCUGCUUUGACUCAAUAUGGUCAGGGUGCAGUAUUGGCUAAACAAGGUAGCCCUAUUGCUGGACCUGUGGGCGUACGACGACGUAACCAGCUCAUCACUCCCGAAAUGGCCUAUGCAAGUGCUAAGAAACCUUUCAGUUAUGCUGAUGGAUACCAUUACCUUAUCAACUAUGUCCGACAAAAAAUGACACGAGAAGAUCUAAUGCGAAUCAGCCGAGCAUUGGCCCUAUUUCGACCCAGUGUGUUUUCAUCCAUGAUGAAUUUGACGGAGAGCGAUUUGAUAUUCACUGAGAAAUGUCUACAACGCACAUUGCUGGAAUAUGAAAAGUUGAUCAGUUAUUCGGGUACCCCAACGGUGGUGUGGCGGCGCACAGGCGAAAUUGCCCUUGUUGGUAAAGAAUUCUCUUUGCUGACGCAAUGGUCCAGAGAUGCAUUAUUGAGCAAAAAGACUUACAUCUACGAGCUCAUGAGUAAUUCAUCCGCCGUUGAGUACUGGGAAAAAUACGCCUUGCAUGCCUUUGACAAUACCGAUUCCGCUGUUUACAGCUCCUGUAUCUUGCUCAGCCCAACCAAACGUGUAGUACCAUGCACCUUUUGCUUUACCAUCAAACGUGAUAUUUUUGAUCUGCCAAGUGUGAUUAUUGGCAAUUUCUUGCCUAUAUUGAGUUAA